AUGACAGCCGACAUUGUGGACCGUGAUGGCAAAGGCGAUGUUAUUGCUGACAUCAACUACUUCCCGUCUCUGGGCACCCCAAUACCCACGUCUGCGUGGAAGAAACGGUACCUGGGUGUUGGCGACGACCACACACGGGCUAUGACCAUUCGGGAUCUUCGCUCGACUAUUCAAGACCACAACCUGGAAACCAACGGCUUCAAGUUUCUUAGGCUCACGCCCAGGCAAAGAGUGGACAGCUUGAGUACCGAAGAGACCAUCCGCCGCGAGUACUACCCCGAGUUGGAGCAUCUUGCAAAGAGCUUGACCGGCGCGUCUACCGCUUUCGUGUUCAAUCACGUCGUUCGAGCACACUCAUCACCCUCUGACAAGGGAAUACUCGACUCACAUGGUCGAUGGCAGGACAUACCUGCCGGUCACCCUCAUGUCGAUUAUUGCGGUGACCCUGAUUUCCUCCAAGGCACAGAGCACGAACUCAAUUUGCCAUCACACGUUGCCUCCCUAUACGCUACAAGCUCACGCUACGCUUACCUCGGUGCCUGGCGCCCCCUCAAGAUCGUUUUCAGAGACCCUCUAGCUGUCUGCGAUGCAACAACCGUCCCAAGCUCAGACUACCAGCUACGACUCAGGGAGUUCAGGAGCGGCAUCAAGUCGGGCAACUAUGUGAUGAGCCAUGCCAGAGAAGAGCAACAGCACCAAUGGUACUACAUGUCUGCGAUGAAGCCUGAUGAGAUGCUCAUAUUCAAGGGAUUUGAUACUGAGCAAAGCAAGCCAGGCUGGCGAUGUCCGCACACGGCAUUUCGAUUGCCAGGCAGUGAUCAGGAGCCGCCGCGAGAGAGCAUUGAAGCGCGUAUCGUGUGCUUUUGGAAUUAA